GAGAAGCGCUGGUUUGGCUGAAGAUUUGUAGCGCACAUUUUUCUUUGCACCUUUGACUUGUUCUGCUUGAAGCAUCGCACUCUGACUGCGAUGCUUGCAGCCGGCGCGCUGGCUCGGCACACGAGGCGGCGGCUUUGCAUAGCUUGGCGCAGCCAUGGAGGCCACGGGCACGAUCAUGGGAUGGACCACCCUGGCGUGUUUACCGAACGGGAGCAUCCACUCUGGGCGCGCCGUGAUUGGAAAGAGCGCGCCUUCACCGUGGGCAUCGGCGGCCCGGUGGGAUCCGGCAAGACCGCGCUGACGCUUCAGCUCUGCCGGGCGCUGCAGCAGAGGUGUAAUAUGGCGGUGGUGACCAAUGACAUCUUCACCCGAGAGGACGCCGAGUUUCUGAGCCGCAACGAGGCCUUGCCGGCGGAUCGGAUCCGAGCGGUGGAGACCGGAGGCUGCCCCCACGCCGCCAUCCGCGAGGACGUGAGCUCCAACUUGGCGGCCUGCGAGGCGCUCACGGAGCAGCACCGCGUGCAGCUGGUACUGUGCGAGAGCGGGGGGGACAAUCUCGCAGCCAACUUCUCGCGGGAGCUGGCAGAUUACACCAUCUAUGUGAUUGACGUGGCCGGAGGGGACAAGGUGCCCCGGAAGGGUGGCCCAGGCAUCACCCAGUCGGACCUGCUGGUGAUCAACAAGGUGGACCUGGCUGUCGCGGUGGGCGCGGACUUGGAGGUGAUGCGCAGGGACGCGGAGAAGAUGAGGGGCGCUGGGCCGACCAUAUUCGCGGCAGUGAAACAUGGCAAGGGCGUUCCGGAGAUCGUAGGUCACAUCUUAUCUGCACUGGAGCUGGCAACCGGACACAAGGUCGAGUAAGGAGUGCCUUUAGGCCUGAACGACCUGAGCUGCGCUUCGUUUCGCAAGCGGGUCCAGCUGCGUUCGUUAUUUGAAGAUGCCUCCUUGUUGGAGAGUGCCUUAGAGC